AUGAAUCCGUGGCUCCUGGUCUGCCUGGUGGCCUGCUUCGUGGGUGCCUGGGCUCCCACUGUCCACGCUCAAGGUGCUUUUGAGGACUGCUGCCUGGCUUACCACGGCCCAGCAAGACGGUCCAUGCUCCGGUACGCCCAGAGUUACCAUCGCCAGGACGUGAGCGGGAGCUGCAACCUGCCUGCGGUGAUAUUCUUCUUCCCCCAGAAAAACAAGAUGGUGUGUGGGAAGCCAGGGGCCAGGUGGGUGCAGAUUGGGAUGAAGAUCCUGGAUGCUCGGAAGAAGACUCAGUUAAAGCCCCACCACGGCACCCGGAGAAACUUCCAGGUCCCUCAUUCUGGGGUGAGGAAGUUGAGCUCUGGAACCUCCACGCUACCAUUGUGGAAGUUUAGCGGUCCCACCAGAAGCAGCAAGAGGAAAACCUCUCUCCUGACAGCUAAUCCAGGUCAGGACUCUUGA